AUGGGCUUUCUGCUGCCAAUCCUUCUGGCUCUGCUAGCCUCUGUCCUGGGGGGACUCUACCUCCUGGGGGCCUUCAGGUGGCGUCGACCCGGGGAACCCCCUUUGGACCGGGGCCCCAUCCCCUGGCUGGGCCACGUCCUUGAGUUCCGCAGGGAUACAGCGAAGUUUCUGGAGAGGAUGAAGGGGAAGUAUGGGGAUAUUUUCACCGUGCAGCUGGGAGGAUUCUAUUUCACAUUCCUCAUGGACCCUCGGUCCUUCGGGACGGUUGUGAAGGAGGCCCGCACCAAACUGGACUUCAGCAAGUUUGCACAGCAGCUGGUUCAGAAAGUGUUCGGUUAUCACUCUGACCACAAGUUUCCGCAGAUGUCCAGCAACAAGCACCUGAUGGGGGACGGUUUAGUGGUUAUGACACAGGCCAUGAUGAGCAACCUACAGAAUCUGAUGCUGCACAGUGUAGGGACAGGGGAUAAUAAUCAUAAGACCUGGAAUGAGGACGGUCUGUUCAACUACAGCUACAACAUUGUGUUCAGGGCAGGUUACCUGGCUCUGUUCGGUAAUGAGACACCCAAAUCCACAGGGAGUGUGGAGAAAGCCAUAGAGGUCGACAGAGUAGAGUCCGAAGAGCUCUUCCGUGAGUUCCGUAAGUACGACCAGCUCUUCCCCAAUUUGGCUUAUGGGGUCCUGCCUCCAGGGGAGAAGAGAGAGGCUGAGAGGCUAAAGAGGCUGUUCUGGAACAUGCUGUCAGUGCAGAAGGUGAGGACCAAGGAGAACAUCAGUAUCUGGGUGAGUGAGCAGCAGCAGGAGAGGGAGGAGCACGGCAUGGAGGACUUCAUGCAAGACAGGUACAUGUUUCUUCUCCUCUGGGCAUCACAGGGCAACACAGGCCCUGCUGCCUUCUGGCUCCUCCUCUACCUCAUGAAGCACCCAGAUGCCAUGAGGGCUGUGAAGAGGGAGGUGGAGAAGGUGCUGAAGGAGACAGGCCAGGAAGUGAAGCAUGAAGGCCCCCUCAUCGACCUGACCCGGGACAUGCUGCUGAAGACGCCCAUCCUGGACAGCGCUGUGGAGGAGACCCUCCGCCUCACCUCCGCCCCCAUCCUCACCAGGGCCGUGCUCCAGGACAUGUCCCUCAAGAUGUCCAACGGAAAUGAGUACCGCAUCAGAGAAGGAGACAGAGUGGCCCUGUUUCCUUACACUGCCGUCCAGAUAGACCCGGAAGUCCACCCUGACCCACUCACCUAUAAGUAUGACCGCUUCCUGACCGCAGAGGGGGGCAAAAAGACAGCCUUUUACAAAGGUGGGGAAAAACUGAAGUACUACAACAUGCCGUGGGGUGCUGGGAUCACCAUGUGCCCAGGACGCUUCUUCGCCACCAACGAACUGAAGCAGUUUGUCUUUCUCAUGCUCACAUACUUUGACUUUGAGCUCAAGAACCCAGAUGAAAAUAUACCUGAUAUUGACAUCAAGCGUUGGGGCUUUGGGUCCAUGCAACCAACCAGAGACAUCCAAUUUAGAUACAGACUUAGGUUUUAA